AGACAAAGAAUAAGAAAAGAGAAACGAGAAGACAAGUAGUGAAGAAAUAUUACACCCGUUUAUUUAACGGCAAAAAUAAAAUAAAAUAUACGGUUUAAAUUAAAAAUAAGUCUUAAUUCGUAAACUUAGAAUAGUAAUAAACGUUUCAAGGUUGCAAGUGUAUGAAAAAGGCGCGAUCUAAUGUCCAUAACCCUAUUACGAGGUAGGAAGCAAAAGACGAAAUCUUGUGUAGGAAUGACCGUGAUGGCCAAAACUUCAAUAGUGGAAAUAUGUGAAAACGCAAAGCUGGCGCGUGACAUGGCCUAUACCGGCAACUAUGACUCUGCUUGCAUAUAUUAUGAGGGACUAGGUGGCAUGUUGGAUCGCAUGGUUAAAUCUACGAAUGAUUCACUGCGUAAAAGCAAAUGGAAAUUGAUUGCUCAGCAGAUUGAAAAAGAAUACUCGCAAAUUAAAGCCAUACAGCGAACUCUAUCAGAAAUGACACUAGAUUUGCAGAACACACCUUUCGCACAUAAAUUGAAAACACAAGUCAGUGAAGAUGAAACAAAAGAUCCAUCAGCUUGGUUUCGACCCGAUCCCGAUAUUUGGACUCCGCCUCCUAAAGAUCCAGAUGUUUGGGGACCACCACGUUCGGAAAAACCCGCAGUGCCAAAUAGAAGCCGAAGUGGUAUACCGAACAAAAAAGCUACUGCCAGUGCCGGCAAAAGUAUAAUACCACAGCGUAAUGCCACAGGAGGUGCCACUACUAGGCGUACCAUAGCUGGGAGCGGUGGAAACAAUGUACGCGCGCAACAGAAUGGAAGAUCGACGUCAUCAACAUCAACGAGCCGAAAAACAACACAUUCAAGCAAUGGAGUUAGUAGUAAUGUGGCAAUUGGUGCCGAUAAUGUCGGCAACAAAGACGAUGAAAAUCGUGAUGAAGACGCGGCAGAAAAUGAAGAGAAGGAGGAAAAAAAAUUUCAACCCAGUACACACAUGGAAGCCGAACUGGUAGAUAUACUUGAACGUGAUAUACUGCAACGCAACCCUAAGGUGCGUUGGAAUGAUAUAGCUGACCUGCACGAUGCUAAACGUUUACUAGAGGAAGCGGUCGUGCUGCCGAUGCUUAUGCCUGACUACUUCAAGGGCAUCCGACGUCCGUGGAAAGGCGUACUCAUGGUUGGUCCUCCGGGGACGGGUAAAACAAUGUUAGCUAAAGCAGUGGCAACAGAAUGCGGCACAACAUUUUUUAAUGUAUCAUCUUCAACACUUACAUCAAAAUAUCGUGGAGAAUCGGAAAAAAUGGUACGUUUAUUGUUCGAAAUGGCACGAUUCUAUGCGCCAAGUACAAUAUUCAUCGAUGAAAUUGAUUCACUUUGUUCACGGCGUGGUUCUGAAUCGGAACAUGAAGCCUCACGCCGUGUGAAAUCAGAGCUGCUGGUGCAAAUGGAUGGUGUGGGUAGCGAAGAGGCUACGAAGGUCGUCAUGGUAUUGGCUGCUACAAAUUUUCCUUGGGACAUAGAUGAAGCGUUACGUCGUCGAUUAGAAAAACGUAUUUAUAUACCCUUGCCAAGUGAUGAAGGGCGUGAAGCAUUGCUAAAGAUUAAUCUGCGUGAAGUUAAAGUGGACGAAAGCGUAAACUUGUCCGAAAUCGCCAAGAAAUUAGAGGGUUAUUCAGGUGCUGACAUUACCAACGUCUGCAGGGAUGCUAGUAUGAUGUCAAUGCGCCGAAAGAUAGCUGGUCUCACGCCGGAACAAAUACGACAAUUGGCCACAGAGGAAGUAGAUCUUCCUGUAUCGAAUCAAGAUUUCACAGAAGCCAUUAGUCGCUGCAAUAAGAGUGUUUCAAAAGCGGAUUUGGAAAAAUACGAAAAGUGGAUGAAUGAGUUUGGUUCGUCAUGAUGACGGAAGUAUUACCGCAUUUGCUGCAAUUAGUAGCAUUUUAAUUACAAAUAACUAUAUAAUUUAAAUACUGAAAAGGCGUACGUUUAGCCAAACAUGGCUGUAAUGAACUUGAUUUUGAAUAGCAUAGCUAGAGAAGUGUUGAAAGAGUUAUAUAAUAUAAAUUCGAAAUUAAGCAUCAAAAAGAGAUCAAUUUUAUAAAAUAUUAAUAAGACUAACAAAAACUUCAUUAAGAAAUAAAACCUUCAAUUUACAAUUAACUGAA